AUGACAUCCGUUGGAUGUAGAACGACAAACAGCGCCAUAUUCAACAGGCGGCAGGGUACAGUAGCCAGUGAGUUUGGGGCAAGUUGAAAAAGUUAUGACGGGAAGCCAUUGACCAUCUUUAAUUGAGCCUGAGAGAUCGGUAAACGAUUUAGCAGUUUGAAAUGAACCCGAAUAUACCAGUGUACCCUGUCCAGAUUGGGGAUAGCUUUACAAAAUACUACACCCAAGCAAAUUUAUCUUAUGUACCAUACAAUUCAGGUGCAGUAGGAAUAAAUCCUUAUGAAGGGGAGAAAAAAUUCCAAGGAUACCAUGCAGCUCAGACUUGCAGCCAGAGGCCCUUUACACCGACCCCUGUGACUCCAACAUCGAGGCUGCACCAGGAUAUGUCAGCUCCGGCAAUACGCCCUCAGUAUCAAACAGCCACAAAUGUAUAUUCCAGGAUUCCAUUUCAAGAUGUAAAGGGAUCACCAGUUGUGCAGUCUGUGACCUCUAGUCUAUCUCCCUCUUCUCUGUCAUACCCACCAGUAAGUUCUGAAACUACACCAGUUAGCCCUGUGAUGUUGAUGAACUGUUCACCAGAAAUGUUAAGGCCUUAUAAGAAUCCACCCACACUGUUACCAGCUGCAGCCUACGGAUCUCCUGGAUGUACUUCCGCUGCUUUGUUAUCAAGACCUGCAACACCACCACAGCGGUCAUUUCCACCAGUUGCAAAUCAAGCUUGCCUACCAACAUCAAAUACUAAUAUUUCACGUCAAGCUUUUAGACCACCUUCACCACCACAAUCCGCAGAGGACAAAUUUAAAGCAAAAGCAUCACAGUAUGGUAUUGAGAUAAGCAGCACCCUGGAGCAGUUUCUUAAAACUCAGGAAAAAGAUCAGAAUGUUGGAUCCAGGCUACAAGUUAACAAAUCAGAACAUGCAAUACACAGUGAUUCAAACCAUACUCGGAACCUGCUCAGCAGCUUCCAACAAAAAGCUGAAACCAAUGGAAUCACUGUACAGGAUUCAAAGCCAAACGGGCAGGGAAACCUUCAGACUUGUGAGACUGACUCUCGGGGCAGAGAAAAUGCAAUUACAGAAGAAAGUUGUGAAGCAAGAAGUUCUAAGGCUAGUUGUUCAUCCUUGAGCUUUACAUGGUCUCAUUCUGAUCAGGCUAAAGAAUGCAAGAGCAUAUAUAAAACUUUAGAUAAAAUUUCAGAACAGAUUGUUGAUUUCUAUGAGGAAAUUGAAUGUUGUAAUGGGUCCAUUCCUGACAGAAUAGAUGGCAAUCAAAGUAUUGAAGAUAUAGCCAAAUUACUAGUGAAUGAUGCCAUUGCUUUUGCUUUGAAAGAAAUGAUGAAUGAAAUGGAAGGAAAAGAAACCGAAGAGUGUAAAAGGAAGUUGUACUCCUGGCAAGCCCAAAAAGCAAACCACAGUAAUGAUAAAGAAACUAACAGACAGAAUGAUGACAUAAAUAAAUCAUUAAGGAUGUCAAGUGUCUCGACUCCUAAGCCUUUUCUCAGAACUGGUCUUGACCCUGGUUCUCCAGCAUUUUUGCCAAAGGACAGGACACCAUCUAAGGGAGAUAAACAGACAGCGAUCUUGGAUCCUAGCUCCCCCGAGUUCACCCCUUCUGCUGUAGUAGCUUUACCACCAUCCAAGACUCAUUUGAAUCCAGUCUCUGAAUGCAGUGAAGUGUGGCAGGAACCAAAUUUGGAUUACUUUGUACCUGCUCCGUACGUUCCUGAACGAAGUCGAGGUCCUGAUUUUUACUCAAAAAAUGCCUCAUCUCAAACUUGGUUGCCGUCUUUGGUGGAUGUGGCUUGUAACACUCCCACAGUUAAAAUGAAAGACCGAAGUGUGGAAACAUGGACCUGUGAUUCUCGGGAAGUUGGAAUUAACACAACAGAGAUGUUUGAAUUGGAAGAUGAUGAUGAUGUUAUUAUUCCUCUAAAUGAUAUUCGCACCAAGCUUGUGGAAACACAGAGAGAACUGCUAGUAUUGAGAGGAAGGGUGUGUUUGGAUGAAAUGGAAAGACAAGUGACAAAUUUGGAGAACAGCAAGAAUACUUGGACAAAUUAUUUUGAUCUGGAAGAAACAACUUUAGAAGAAUUGAUUGAUUUGCAGAUCACAUCCCUGAAGAGAAAGAUUUUAUGUCAUUUGGAAAAGAUACAGACUUUGCAGAAGAAAUUAGACUUGGGGGAAAUGUUGCCAGAAGUUCCAUGCUUUGAAGCCAGUUUUCCUUGUAACAGCCAGUCCUUCCAUUUAGUGAACAAGAAAAAACUGAAGUGCCUUCCAGACAGCGAAUGGUACGUGAACCACCUUUCUACUGAUAUGACAGCAUCUGCCAUUAAUGUAGGAAUCUUAGAGAAAGCUUUAGAAGAGAGCAGAAGUGAAACAUGCACAAAUGAGACAGUGAUUACAACAGGCUCAAACAAGUCAGCCAGUGAUAGCCAAAUUGUGAAGAAAAAAUCUAAAGACAAGACCAAACAGAAAAAAAGCAAAUCUAGUGGAAAAACACAUGUCAAAGAAAAAUCUUCUGAGGUCUUUGUGCCAAAAGGGAAAGGAGAUGGAGAUUUCGAAAAACAAGAUACAAGUUUCCAAGUAGAGUCCAAGGAGGAGCUUGGGCCUAUUGAAAAUGCUGAAUUGGCAGUGAUGAGAGGUGCUGGUAAUCAAGAGCUUUUGUCUAAACCUGAGGAAGUGGCUCAGUAUUUGUCUAAACCUGAGGAAGUGGCUCAGUAUUUGCAGCAGGAAUGGGAAGUGUUUACAUCUCAGGUUGGGGAAAUGAAAGAUAAUGAUACAGCUUCAAUGAUGCCCAAUGUAGAAAAUGUAGCAAAGAAAUCAAAUCAACAAACAGAAAACAUUGAGAGCCACUGUGCUAGAAUUUUGGAUUCUGUACCCAGUCUGAAAUUGGAAACAUUCUCAUCUAGUGAAACUACUCCAGAUAUACUUCAGUCUAUUAAUGCCAAGUAUUCAAAAACUUCCAUCACAGCAGAGACAGUUCCAGAGAAGCCUGCUGUAUGUGGGAAUGAAACGAACAGGUCUCGGUUAUUUCCAGAGUUAAAUGAAUUGGCUGAGUUUUCUUACUCUGACACAUAUGCUGAUAAUAGUGGUGAUCUGAAAAGUUCAAUUCAAAUUGAGGACCAAGUAAAUGACGUUACAGAUCUCCCUGGCAAACCCUUAUCGUGUUUAGAUCCAGCAAUGCAAAACUUCUUAAGCCAAGAGGGAACACCUACAGCAGAUAUUGAAAAGUCAACAACAGAUAUAGGCUUAAGUCCUCAGGCUGUAAAUUCUGAUGCCUUGCAACAAGCAAUGCUGAAACAAGGUGUAUCUCUAGAUCCAGUGUUAUUUGAAGCUGUGAAAGCCCAGAUUGCUCAGGUGUAUCCAGCUUUUGCGAUGGAUCCUAAUACAUUAAAUUCUAUUGCUGUGCAGCAAACCAUGGUGUUGCAAGCCUGUGUUGCAUCUGGUGGAAAUCUGGGAACCACAGGGGCAUUCCGUACAGUAGAUAGUAGCCAAUUACAUGCAGCAUUUCCACAGGAAAAUGCACAAUCUGCUGAAGGUCUCCUUGGAGAUCAAGCUAAUGAAAUCACCAGCUGUGUUCAAGUUCAGCAGCCUAAACCCUCUUCAGAGGGAGCAUCAGGAGUCACUGUGCUGUCAGCAGAUGGCAGUGCCACACAAAAACAUACUUCAUAUCAAAAAUCUGGCCUUACAGCAAAUCCUUUACCCUUUAGAUCAGGAUUGCCUACAGGACUAACUAAAUUAUCUCUGCAGAGUGAAUUGGGCAAGCAGUGUGAGCUCUCUCCAGAAAUUGUAGCACCACCAGGUCUUGGUGAUGAAUCGGUUCCAUGCUCCUCAAACCUUGCUUUGGACAACAAAAUCGGAGGUACUUGCAGUGUGCAGACAAAUGUCGGAGCUGCAGUAAACUUCCCUCGUGUGGAUAACAUGUUGUCUGUGCCUGCGAAUACCCAGUCUGCAUUUCUGCCAUCAGCUGUCACAAAGUCAUACAGUUCAUUGCCUGAGAAGCAGGCAAAUCUAACCAAUGUCUACUGUGCAUCGUCAAAUCCAAGCAUUUCAGAUAGUACAUCUUUGUCAAGCAACUAUUCCAAAGUGAGUGAAAAUUUGUUGCCCAUCAACAUGAAACCAUUGACUAAUCCUGUAGAUGCCUCCUGCAGCACCGCACAACCUUAUUUUCAUGACUCUACAUUAGGCCAGCAUACACUUGUAAGUUCUCUGCUAAGUGAAAAAGUUGAUCAAAACAAAGAUAAUCAAAUUCCAGAAAGAUUAGAAACAAAGUGCAGUCCCAUAAACCAUGUUGCAAAUCGAAACCAGUCAUCAGAUUUGGCAAGAUUUGUGGACACACAGAGUAAGUAUGCUGAAAAACCAGAACUGACUGGGGAUUCGAAAAUUGAAUCUCUUAACUUAGAUGAAAUUGAAGAUGAUGACAGUGAGGAAGAUGAGCAAUUUGAGUUGAAUGCAAAGGCCUCUCAAGAGGUUUUUAAUCAGUGGCAGAAGCCAUUGAUAAUGAAAAAGACCAUUCCUGCUCCUGAGAAGAGCAAACUUGACCAGCAUGUGAUGACGAAACUUGGCAGUGUGAUGACCACAAAGCAUAUUCAGAUGGACUUAGGAUCCCCCAAGUAUCAGAUGAAAAAAGACACAAAGGUGGAAGUUGGCAAUGACGCUGACCAGCUGGACAACAUUUACCAUGGCUCUGUCAAACAAACAGUUGCUGACGAUCAACAGAGAUCAGAAAGACAGACACCCUCACUGACCAAGGAAAUGUCAGAUGAAGAGAAAGAGAACUGGACUCAGGUCACAAAGAAAGGAAAGAAGAAAGACCAGGCUCACCUUCUUCCAUCAUCCAAACCUACACUCGCCUCAAAUCCAGUAAAAGUGUCCACACUUCCAAGUGAUAAAUCCAACAACUUUGAAAGACUUGUUCAAAGACUUUCUGAAAUCUUUGCAGGACUGAAUAGAGAGGAAGUUAUUAGCGUGAUAACAUCUGUCAGGAUGCAGAGAGGCGGACUCAGUGGAUUGACAAUCAAGGAUAUUGUGGCUGAAGCGAGAGUUUUUGCCACACGACUCAUGAAAAAUAAGAAUGAAUUGAUAACCAAAGCUUCUUUUGACUUCUCCAUGCCAUUCCAAAAGAACCAAGCAAGAGUGCUUUCUAAUGAAGAUGAAGAGAUAUGUGUGAUCUGUCAUGAUGGUCUGAGUUCUGAGGAAGUAAAGAAUUUGGAAUGUGGACAUGUUUUCCAUGCUGGGUGUAUUAAACAGUGGGUGUAUGGCAGAGAAAUGACCUGUCCUACUUGUAGAAGAUUGGUGUUGUUUCCUGAAGAAUUUCCCAAACUAGGAAAAUGAGGAUAGGAAUGUAUUUAAAGCGUCCAAUCAUUCAGUGGCAUAAUCAGUGUGAACGGAAUUUGUAAAACCCAGACGUUAUUGUAAUGCCAGUAUUUUUCAGUUAUAUGUGUUGCAUUUGAUAAAAAGUUGAAUGGUUUAAUUGUAACAAUUUUAAUUUUAAUUUGGUAAUUUUUGUACUUAAAAACAAGUAUUCUUGACGUCAAUAAAUUGUCAUACUUGUAAUAUAAAUAGUGA